AUGACCGUGCACAAGGUCUUGUCCAUGGAUGUGACCCUCGCCCCGAGAGACCCCCAAGCUCCCGGCCAGUUUGGGCACCCCGUUACAGUCCCUGCGGAUAAACAAGAAGAAGCAAAAAGUAGAUGGAGAGAAGGGAACUUCAAUGUCUACCUCAGCGAUCUGAUCCCCAUCGACCGCGCCGUCGCGGACACCAGGCCUGCCGGGUGCUCUGAGCAGCAGGUCCAUGAUGACCUCCCGACCACCACCAUCAUCAUGUGCUUUGUGGAUGAAGUGUGGUCCACCCUGCUGCGCUCCGUCCACAGCGUCCUCAGCAGGUCCCCUCCCCACCUGAUCGAAGAGCUCAUUUUGGUGGAUGACUUCAGCACUAAAGAGUACCUCAAGGAGCCCCUGGACAGGUACAUGUCACAGUUCCCAAAGGUGAAGAUCCUCCGUCUCCAGGAGAGGCACGGCCUGAUACGGGCCAGACUGGCAGGAGCAGAGGUUGCCAAAGGCGCCGUCCUGACCUUCCUGGACUCGCACGUGGAGUGCAACGUGGGGUGGCUGGAGCCGCUGCUGGAGAGGGUCCGUCUGAGCCGCGCCAAGGUGCCCUGCCCCGUCAUCGAGGUCAUCAGCGACAAGGACAUGAGCUACAUGACUGUGGACAACUUCCAGCGUGGGGUUUUCACUUGGCCAAUGAAUUUUGGCUGGAGGCAGAUCCCGCAGGAGGUCAUCGAGAGAAACAAAAUCAAGGAAACUGAUAUCAUAAGGUGCCCAGUCAUGGCUGGUGGCCUCUUUUCCAUUGAUAAGAAGUAUUUUUUUGAGCUGGGAACAUAUGACCCGGGACUGGAUGUUUGGGGAGGUGAAAAUAUGGAGAUUUCGUUCAAGGUGUGGAUGUGCGGUGGGGAGGUGGAGAUUGUUCCCUGCUCCAGGGUUGGGCACAUUUUCAGGAACGACAACCCUUACUCCUUCCCAAGAGACCGGGUGAGGACAGUGGAGAGGAACCUGGCCCGUGUUGCUGAGGUGUGGCUGGACGAGUACAAGGAGCUGUUCUAUGGCCAUGCUUACCACUUGGUCUUGAAGAACCUGUAUGUCGGCGACCUGACCCAACAGAUCCAACUGCGAAAGAAGCUUCAGUGCAAGAGCUUCAGGUGGUACCUGGAGAACGUCUACCCGGACCUGGAAGCUCCCCUGGUUAAAGCCAGUGGGCUGCUGGUGAACCUGGGCACGGGCAGGUGCCUGGCCGCGGGGAGCGCCGCCCCAGCCGUGGAGGCCUGUGAUGCCCACAGCCAGCACCAGCAGUUCAACUACACCUGGCUGAGACUGGUCCGGCAGGGAGAGCUCUGCCUGUCCCCCAGCACGAGCGACCACCUCAUCUCAGAGCACCUCCAGCAGCCAGUGUGCUUGGAAGUGGAUCCCUCACACAGAGCCCUGAGGGUAAAUGCCUGCAACGCUGCAAAUCCUUAUCAAAAGUGGCAGUUUGGCAAUUACUAUGCAGACUGA